AACCCCAGAGAGCUCCAUCUCAUGGCCAACUGUAAAAUGUUAAGGUUUCAUUGCUGAAUCACUUUAAAUGUUUUGACUAGCUAGAAAUUUUGGGGCAAAACUGCAGAGUGAUUCAAUAAUCCAAGAUAGGAUUCCUACAGCUGGUGGAUCAGUUGCUGCAUACCGAGGCAAGUUCUUGGAGAAGGGAGGGGGAGUUCAGGUGUCUUGGAGGAAAUGCACAUGUGUUGUUUUUUCUGUUUGAUUUUGAGCAUAGUUUAAAGUUCUUCCUUAACUUGUAUGUGGUCUUUUUUGCAUAAAAUUCUCUGCAGGUCUGUUAAUUGUUUUCUUUUUCUCUCUUUUUUUUGUUUUUUUCUUCCCUUCAAUUCUGUAAAUUUGUCUCAGAAAAAAACUCAGGCUGCUAAAAUGCUGAUCUUAGGUUACUGGCAUUAAUAGCACAGUCUACAAGGAGUGGAGUGAAACAGUUUUGUUAGAGCACUACUUAAAAACUAAUGUCAGCAGGCUUGAAGAAGUUUGUGGGUAUAGUCUUACUGAUUCAACAGAGGAUGGUGAGAGAGGUUUCGUGUAGAGGUGAUAGAGAACCUUCCUGCCUCUAGGAACAGCUGCUGUUUGGUGCUAUGGGUCAUAAUGAAGAUAACAGCAUAUGGGACUUGACAUUCACCCCCUUUUUUUUUUUGUCACCUGUUUGUUGCACCUGCUGUGCAGAUUUACAUCUGAAAUUUUUACUAAAUUUUAUUUUCUACACAUUUCCCUUGAGGAGUAGGAGCAGUAUUACUGCUAGUAGUACACGUUUCAGUGUGCUGGUAAGCUGAAGGUUCAUUUCUUGGGUAAGUACACUUGGGUGCACUGUUAGGUGAAAUGUCCUUUACCCUGCUUUUUAAAUGUCUUACCAAAAUGAUGUUCUGUUUUUUUUUAUGCCUUCUUUAAAAGUUUGCCUUGUUCCAUGUGGUAUGAAUAACGAAUGGAUGUUUCUGUGGUGGUGUUGGUAAUGAUUUGUAGUAGCUUGUAUUAUAAAAUAUAUCAGCACACUUCUGUAAUUAACAAUAAAUCAUGAUGAAGGUUUUAACAGCGCUAGCUUUCCCCAAGAAGAGCUUCUGUCAUUGUUUCACUACAGGGCUUUAGCAGCUGCUUUUAUCUUUAGCAAAAAAUACCCUUGCAGCAGGGUUGCCCCUAAUUUCUGUAGUGAGUAUUUUGGAGUUGCCACAGCCAAAGUGCUGAAAGAGAACAGGCGGGAGGGGAAGGUAUGAAACAAAACAACUUGGCUAGGCCAGGGGCUGCUGCUGCAAUUGAUGCUUGAUUUGGGUGAUUUAUCUACAGGCAUUUGCCCAUUUACAGGCAGCCUUAUUCUUUUAUCUGAAUAAGGAACAAUUCCCUUUUGAUUCCAUCAUUUGACAUGAAAAAAAGUCUUUACCAUCCCUCCUCCCAGUUUUUAGAAGUGGCAUGCCUCAUAGCUAUGCCUAUGCUGUCUCCUCAGAAGUAUCAGUGCUUUCUUGUAUUGUAACACCUUUUCAGCCACCUGAAGGUGAAAAGGGAGAUCAUGAAAAGCACUUGGCUUGACCUCAUGUAUUGGUGGAAAUCAUAAAAAUGGAGUUGAACACUACAUUAAACUUAAACAUGGUGAAUUGAACAUAUAUAACCUCGAAACGCCAGCCAACAGCCGUGGCUUUGCUAAUGGGCAUGGUGGUGGUUAUAACUGGAAAGGUGCUGCUGCAGGCUUCCAGCCUGUCUUGGAUUUUUUUUUUUGAGUUCUCAGAUCCUUUUAAUGGAUUUUUUUUUAUAUAGUAUCAGAUCCUUUAAGGGUCUUCCUUUUGGUUUUUUUUUGUAUUUUGAUAAAAUCUGCAUUUGGCACAGUACCGAAACCUAUAACCUGGUGAGACAGUUGCAUGUGUCAGACUGCCUCAUGAUAACCAUCAGAACAUAGUAGGGUAGGUGAGUGAGAGACUUUACUCUACAGUCCACAUUUGCUGCCAUUUGAUCAGCUACCAAAACUUGCAAGUUUGGGCUGAGAAGCAAAGAAGUUUGGGGUUUUUUUUGGAUCACUGAGCAUGAUCAAUUUAAUUCCAUGUCUGAACAGUGUACAUGUUUGCAACUGUUCAGAGCUAUUCUUCCUGUCUGGGAGAUGGGGACACUUGCUACCUUAGUGGAGUACAGCUUGACAGUUUGGUCAGUUAUUGGAGGGGGGAGUGGUAAGCUGCUGGAGGUAAGUCUCCCGAUUUCCCAGUUGGCUCCAGCUGCAGCCUGCCCUGUGCUGUUGCACGCUGGCUGCAGCAGGGGUGCCAGCGCUGCAGUGGGACCAGUGACAGAAGCUGUUCUUUAGAAUUUUCAGGAUGGCUGUUUUCUGCGUCAGAAUGAGACAGUCCUGCUGGGCAGAGCCAACGCCAAGAGCAAAGGUAAGGUAAAGUUUAUUCAAUGGGAAUGCUUAAGACAGCUGAGCAGCUAGUACCAGCCACUGUGGUAAUAGUCUCAGGAGUUUCUUUGUCCCUCGUUAGCUUGAGUUUUAGUUUUUGUAACUUACUUUUGUUUUUCUUCAAUAAAUUUGUUCUGGACUCUUAUCAUUAAAGUGGUUUGAAUUCAAAUAGUGUGUGUGUAUUCAGAUGUCAAUGUUAAUUCUGUGUGACUUUUUUCCCCCCCUCCCUUUUCAAAAUUCUUUAAUCUGCUCUUUCCUCUUUUCUUUCCUCCGGGUGGGGGGGGAAGAAAAAAAACCGGGGGUCUAACAUAAGCUGAUCUCAAUUUCAUCACUGGAGGUGCUGAAUCUAUAAAAUAACGCUGCAAAAUUGCACUAAAAAGUUUUGGGAGGAAUGAGACCCCAGGAAACAUCUGCUAUCUUUAUACAUCCUCUCUUGGAGACUUUCAGCAAUGCUGUGGUGUGCAAGAAAAUGCUUGCGGUCUGCGACCACUGCGGCCAUGCUGAGUUACAGCUCGUGAGGAAAAGGGGGAUUUUCACCCCCGCUUGCUCAGUGACUCGGUUGCAUAUGUUGGAUUGAAUACUGGAGAAAGAAGUCAGUAAGCUCCUUGGUAACUGCAAACCAACUGUAUGCAGUUGUGGUCCAAAGAGUCGAUGUAAAACUAACUCCAAGUAAGGAGAGAGUUGGAAUGCCGUAGAGCCGUGAAUGUGAGCUCCUGACAUUUGUUCAGGGAUGGGUAUGUAAAUUUUCUCAGUGGCCGUUCUAGAACCUGACGGACAUCUGGCUUUAACUCACAGCUGUGAAAAAGAAAGAGCAAAAAUUAUUGACAGCAUGUUUCCUUGGUUCUGACACACAGAAUUGCUUUCCUCAGAAAGACGAAUUUGAUCUCCAUUUUUUUGUUACUUGGUGCUGGGCCGUAGCUGUCAAGACCCUUGCUGAAGUCAAAUAGUGGGGUUUUGGGUUUUUUCCCCCUCUCUCUUCAAACUAUACAGAACUCUUCUUUGCAAAACCUGGUUUAGCCAAGAGGACUUCAACGGACUAUGAUGUGGGAAGCUGCUCAAGUAUUUCCUUUGGUCUCAGAUUUUCUUUUUUUGGUUGCUUUUUACGGUGGGCAAAGGUAAUUCCCUGCUCUGUACUAGAGUACCCAAAGCACCAGUAUCUAGAUGCACCAUUUGCUGAAAAGCUCUCUUAAGAAAUAUUUUGCUGUCUGUGAAGCCUUACUGUAAGAUACUUUCUAAACCAGAUUUCAGAAUCCGUGCAGCCUCAGAAGCCUUCUGCAAGCUUGACUUCUUUUUGGACUUCAUGAACAAAUGCUGCUUUGUAUCUUCCAUAUUUUUGCCUGUAGCUCUGAGUCUAGUUUAUGUUAGAGGUGAGGAUUGACUGUUAGAUGUUAGCCCUUUCUCAUCAUGCUGUAUGUGCAGACUGUAUGUUUAUACGAUGCUCUACCUGUUUGUACGGUGGUUUUGAGAUGUUACCAUUUCAGAUGGCACUUCUUUUCUUUUCCUUUUUUUUUUUUUUUUCCCUUUCAAAUAAAAGCCUCCUGUUUUGCAGUUGAUAGUAUUUAAUAUUGCUGCUGACUGUGAGUUGUAUCAUGUUAACGUUGUACCGUUGGACCGCAAAGAGCCGGAGGUGGGAAUCGGUGGUUUUGGGGGGCGGGAGGGGAAGCUGUCCUCUUUCUGCAGGUGAUGUUUGAAAUGUGAUUCCUGAGGUAAAGUGUUUAUGGUUUUUGUAAGGGGAGGGCACUGGGAGGGAUUAAGUGGUUGAUUAUUUUUUUUGUUGGUCUUUUUUUAGUUUACUUUAUUUUUGCUCCCUUGUCCCCAAUGGUUUGCGGUAUUGCGUGCCUUGUGCUUUCUGCUUGUUUUUUUCUUUACUAUUAAACUGCUGAUGUUUAUUUCCAGGAAUGUUUUGCAAAUGUCCUUCUCACUCUUCCCCUCUACAACUGUAGGCGUUCGUUGUGAAACACCUCUUGGAGUAUACCCAGCAGAGUGAGUCCAACCUGCAGUACAGCUUGUUUUUAGUUUUUGGCAUCUUUAUGACCGAAGUAGUGCGAUCUUGGUCCCUCGCGCUGACCUGGGCUUUGAACUACCGCACGGGGGUCAGGCUGCGUGGAGCUGUCCUCACUAUGGCCUUUAAGAAAAUUCUUAAGCUGAAGAACAUCAAGGAGAAGUCUCUCGGAGAGCUCAUUAAUGUAUGUUCCAAUGAUGGUCUAAGGAUGUUUGAAGCUGCAGCAGUUGGCAGUUUGUUGGCUGGAGGCCCUAUUGUGGCCAUCUUAGGAAUGGUUUAUAAUGUGAUUAUUCUGGGUCCAACUGGCUUCUUGGGUUCUGCUGUCUUCAUCCUUUUCUACCCAGCAAUGAUGUUUGUGUCACGCCUCACAGCUUAUUUCAGAAGAAAGUGUGUGUCAACUACAGAUGAGCGUGUGCAGAAGAUGAACGAAGUUCUUAAUUACAUUAAGUUCAUUAAAAUGUAUGCCUGGGUCAAGCCAUUUUCUCAGAACGUUCAGAAAAUCCGUGAGGAAGAACGGAAGAUCUUGGAGCGUGCAGGCUACUUCCAGAGCAUCACCGUGGGUGUAGCUCCCAUAGUUGUAGUCAUUGCCAGUGUGGUGACAUUUUCUGUCCAUAUGAUCCUUGGCUAUGAUCUUACAGCAGCUCAGGCAUUCACAGUGGUCACUGUCUUCAAUUCAAUGACUUUUGCUCUAAAAGUAACACCUUUCUCAGUGAAGUCUCUCUCUGAGGCAUCGGUUUCUGUUGACAGAUUUAAGAGUUUAUUUCUAAUGGAAGAGGUUCAUAUGAUAAAGAAAAUACCAGCCAAUCCUCACACCGCGAUAGAGGUGAAAAAUGCUACCUUGGCUUGGGACUUCUCCCACGCCAGCGUCCACAGCUCACCAAAGCUGACCCCCAAAGUGAAAAAAGUCAAGAAAGUCAGCAAAGGCAAGAAAGAGAAAAUGAAGCUGCAGAAUGAGGGACAGCAAGCUGUGCUGGCAGAGCAGAAGGGCCAUCUUCUAGUGGACAGUGAUGAUCAUCCUAGCCCAGAAGAGGAGAACAAAAUCAUCCACCUGGUUAACCUUCGGCUUCAGAGGACUCUCUACAACAUUGACUUGGAGAUAGAAAAGGGAAAACUUGUUGGAAUUUGUGGCAGUGUGGGGAGUGGAAAAACUUCGCUUAUCUCUGCAAUUUUAGGACAGAUGACCCUGUUGGAGGGUAGCAUUGCAGUAAGUGGAACAUUCGCCUAUGUGGCCCAGCAGGCCUGGAUUCUCAACGCUACACUUCGGGACAACAUCCUUUUUGGCAAGGAGUAUGAUGAAGAAAGGUACAAUAUGGUGUUGAAUGGCUGCUGUCUCAGGCCUGACCUAGCCAUCCUUCCAAACGGGGACCUAACAGAGAUUGGUGAACGAGGAGCUAACCUGAGUGGAGGACAGCGCCAGAGAAUCAGCCUGGCUCGAGCUCUGUACAGCGAUAGGAGCAUUUACAUCCUCGAUGAUCCCCUCAGUGCCUUAGAUGCUCAUGUUGGAAAUCACAUCUUUAACAGCGCCAUAAGGAAGCACCUGAAGUCAAAGACUGUCCUUUUUGUUACUCAUCAGCUUCAGUAUCUUGUUGACUGUGAUGAAGUGAUCUUCAUGAAAGAAGGCUGCAUUACUGAGAGAGGAAGUCAUGAGGAACUGAUGAAUUUAAAUGGGGACUAUGCAACUAUUUUUAAUAACCUGCAGCUGGGAGAAACACCACAUAUUGAGAUUAAUAUAAAGAAGAAUACCAACAGUUCACUGAAAAGGCCACAAGAUAAAAGUACCAAAACAGGGUCUGUGAAGAAGGAAAAAGCUGUAAAGAAGGAAGAGGGCCAGUUGGUCCAGUUGGAAGAGAAAGGCAAAGGCUCUGUCCCCUGGUCUGUGUAUGGUAUUUACAUCCAGGCAGCUGGAGGCCCCGUUGCAUUCCUCAUCAUCAUGGCACUGUUUGUGCUGAAUGUGGGCAGUACGGCUUUUAGCAACUGGUGGCUGAGCUUCUGGAUAAAGCAAGGCAGUGGAAACACCACUGUGACUCUGGGAAAUGAUACUGUCAUAAGUGACAGUAUGAAAGACAACCCUCACAUGCAUUACUAUGCUGGCAUCUACACACUGUCUAUGGCAGUGAUGCUGAUUCUGAAAGCUGUUCGCGGCGUUGUCUUUGUAAAGGGUACUCUCAGAGCAUCCUCAAGGCUCCAUGAUGAGCUCUUCCGACGGAUUCUGCGUAGCCCCAUGAAGUUCUUUGACACUACACCCACCGGGCGGAUUCUCAACAGGUUUUCCAAAGACAUGGAUGAAGUUGAUGUUCGACUGCCUUUUCAAGCAGAAAUGUUCAUUCAGAAUGUCAUCCUUGUGUUCUUCUGCGUGGGGGUGAUCUCUGGGGUUUUCCCCUGGUUCCUGGUGGCAGUGGGGCCCCUUGUUGUCCUGUUCAUGGUUCUGCACGUUGUGUCUAGAGUCUUUAUUCGAGAGCUCAAACGUCUGGACAACAUCACACAGUCUCCAUUCCUGUCUCAUAUUACAUCUAGCAUCCAGGGUCUCUCCACAAUCCAUGCCUACCACAAAGGACAGGAAUUUCUGCACAGGUAUCAGGAGCUCCUAGAUGACAAUCAGGCACCGUUUUACCUGUUCAGCUGUGCAAUGCGCUGGCUGGCUGUGCGGCUGGACAUUAUCAGCAUUGCUCUUAUCACAACCACUGGCUUCAUGAUUGUCUUAAUGCAUGGCCAGAUUCCUCCUGCAUAUGCUGGGCUGGCUAUCUCAUAUGCUGUGCAGUUAACAGGAUUGUUCCAGUUUACAGUUAGACUUGCCUCAGAGACAGAAGCUCGCUUCACCUCCGUGGAGAGGAUUGAUCACUAUAUCAAGACACUUUCUCUGGAAGCUCCUGCUCGAAUUAAGAAUAAAGCUCCUCCUCUGGACUGGCCACAGGAAGGGGAAGUUGUUUUUGAAAAUGCAGAGAUGAGGUACCGAGAGAACCUCCCUCUGGUACUCAAAAAAGUGUCCUUUACCAUCAAACCGAAGGAAAAGAUUGGCAUUGUGGGCAGGACAGGCUCUGGGAAAUCUUCCCUUGGAAUGGCACUCUUCCGUCUGGUCGAACUGUCUGGAGGCUGCAUUAAAAUUGAUGGAGUGAAAAUAAAUGACAUUGGUUUGGCAGAUCUUCGCAGCAAACUCUCAAUAAUUCCUCAGGAACCUGUGCUGUUCAGUGGCACUGUGAGAUCAAACUUGGAUCCUUUCAAUCAGUACAGUGAGGAACAAAUCUGGGAUGCAUUGGAAAGGACUCACAUGAAGGAGUGUAUUGCCCAGCUGCCCAUGAAACUUGAUUCAGAAGUGAUGGAAAAUGGGGAAAACUUUUCAGUUGGAGAGAGACAGCUACUGUGCAUAGCCAGAGCUCUGCUGCGCCGUUGCAAGAUUUUGAUAUUGGAUGAAGCAACAGCUGCUAUGGACACAGAAACCGACUUACUGAUCCAGGAGACUAUCAGAGAGGCAUUUGCAGACUGCACUAUGUUAACAAUUGCUCAUCGCCUGCAUACAGUACUGGGCUCUGAUCGGAUCAUGGUGCUAACACAGGGACAGGUAGUGGAAUUCGACACGCCAUCUGCCCUUCUGGCCAACGAGAACUCGCGCUUCUAUGCUAUGUUUGCUGCUGCGGAGAACAAGGUUGCUGUCAAGGGCUAAAAUUCAGGGCAAAGUCACUUUAAUUUUGGAGAGCUACAUUCCCUGUCUGUGGCAGGCCAGCUCUUCCUCCUCCUCCUCCUCCAAGCAGAUUAUUGCCUUCUCAUCUUUUAAUUUUUAGCACAAUGUGUCAAGCUGAAGUUUUUAAAACGGCAUCAGAAGAUUUCUUCAUUGGUUUUUAUUGUUGUAUUUAUUCCCUCAUCAUGUUACUAACUUUUCGUUAUUGAAUGCACUCUACAAGUGGCUCAGGGAGCCAUAGUUAUAAAUGUAUCAGAGGCCUAUAAUGAAGCUUUAUACAUGUAGCUAUAUCUAUACAUAAUUCUGUACAUAGCCUAUAUUUACAGUGGAAAUGUAAGCUGUUUAUUUUGUAUUGAAAUAAGCACUGUGUUAAUAACAGUGCAUAUUCUUUUCUAUCAUUUUUGUACAGUUUAUGGUAGCAGAGAUCUGGCUCUAUCAGACUGUAUCAGACGCCCUUCUGUCUCUUACAGUUGGUCUUUUCCUAGUGCUGGAUUUUCUGCGUGUCUGAGUGGAAGUGAAGCUUUGCAAUAGUGUCCUUUUCUUGUCACAUCUUCGUUGUCUCGCGCAGGGGGGAAGAACUCUGUGGUGUAACUAUUGCAUUGUAAUCUGUCGAAGCUAUCUGGAGCAUCGCUAAGGUUCACCACGGCAGCGGCUGCUGCUUCCCAUGAUGCUUUCCCAAAGCAAGGUCUUUCUGUGCUCUCCUGAGUGGAGAACCACUUCAGGGUUGCAUGAAGACCUCAGAUUCUCUCAGUGUCCUGAUACAGUAUUUCUUACUGUAUCAGUAGGGAUAACUUUAAUGCAAGCAAGCCCAAGCUCUUCCUGCUUCGCUGAUCUAACACAACCAAAACCUAACUGUUCGUGGAAUGAUCUGUAACAAAUUAAUCAUAAGGUUCAAAUCAUACCCUCUGUGCUAGCAGGAAAGCCUUUUCAGAGUUGCUUCAGCUGACUGACUCCUUUAUCUUGAAGCUGCUAACACUCCUCAGAGGUUUAGGGUGGCUUUCAUUGGCAUGGGUAACACUUAACUCUUUGUUCUUCUCACUUAUACUAAGGUUAAACGACAUCAAUAUUUCCUGUUUCUUUAUUGCACACUCAUUAAGGAAACAGUCCCCCCACCCCACAUCUUCUGGAACUUUAGACACGUUCCUGUGGAUCAGGAUGUAACACUGGUGUAGGACAUUGUCUUCUUACUGUAAAGAGACCUACCUCAGGUUACUGGGUCCUGCAUAGUGCGUUGCCAUGAUCACUGUACACUGUCCCUGUUUGGCGGGAUCUGUGGCCCAGGUGGGCGCAGUCGCUCCUCUGAUAGCUGUGACUUACUGAAUGGUCAGCGUUGCAUGUCUUUGUCAACUUGGACAUUUUGUAGCCUUAGCAUGUUUGCAAAAUGUCUCAUUGAGGCAGAAAUCUGAAAAGUAAAUAAAACUAUUUUGGGUUUUGUAAA